AUGGACAAAAUCGACAUGUCCCAGUUCGACGUAUCCAACUUCGACCCCAACGCCAUCCUGCGGGGAGCCCAGCUUACUCUGGUUGGCGUCAAUCGGGCUGUCCAGAACCCGGGUCUCUUCACUUCGGACCACUAUCGUCAGGCUGCUAUUGCUGUAGCUGCAGGCAUCGCUAUCCGCAUCAUCGUCGCCAUACCCAUUGUCGGUGUUAGAGUGCUACUAUGGGUCCUCUCCCUCUUCGUCAACAUGGACCACACGAGCAUGGACGAAAGCGUCGUCAACGGCCUCCACUUCCUUGAGCACACCGUCCUCCAGGUACCCUUCUUCCUCAUGACCAUGAUGCGCUACGUCACACCCACUCUAGAUCGCAUGUUCAUGGACUCCCUGCGUUGGGUCGACGAGACGUACGUACAGAAGCACAAGAGCGAAGACCCCCACAACCUCCGCGCCAUGUAUUACCCAAACCUCGAGAAAUACCCCGACCACGCACCCAAGCCCGAGAAGGAGAAGAAGCCUAUCAAGCAGGCUAUAAUGCUAUACGCAACAAAGCAGGGGAGGAAGGCAGCCAUCUCUUUGGCAGUACUGGCGUUGUCUUACGUACCAUAUGCAGGACGCUUCGUGCUGCCCGCUGCCAGUUUCUACACAUUUAGGAAAUCGGUGGGCACCCAGCCGGCAGCAGCCAUCUUUGCGGGUUCAUUGCUGUUCCCCCGCAGAUAUCUGGUCAGCUUCCUACAAGCUUACUUUUCAUCACGAACUCUUAUGCGUGAGCUGCUUGAGCCCUACUUCACACGCGUCCGCUAUAACAAAGAGCAGAAGAAGCUUUGGUUCAAAGACCGAGCCGGUGUGCUCUUUGGUUUCGGCCUAGGCUUCUACAUCUUUGUCAAGAUACCCCUCGUCGGCGUCCUCAUCUACGGUCUCGCCGAAGCGUCCACGGCAUACCUCAUUACGAAGAUCACAGAGCCGCCGCUCCCGCCUACCGAAGCCGAGAAGUUCAAGGAAGAGUCACUCCGCUGGAAGAACAAACACGAGUUCCUGAACCUGCCAUGGCAGCAUAUGGACGAAUACAAUCUCGCAAUGCACAAGCCCAAGAUUCAAUCUGAACUUAAUACAUUCCGAAAUCUCGAUAUGGGCAAAGAAGGCCUACGAUAUGCGGCGAAAGUCUCGCUCGACAAACCAGCAUCGGAGCAGGAAUGCCUGCACAACCGCUGGCAUCCCGAGAAUCCCUCCUACGGAACCAUCAAGCCUGGCGAAGCUGUCAAGAUCGAAUGCGUAGAUUGGACUGGCGGUCAAAUCGGUAACAACGACUCAGCAGACGAUAUCCGUGAUGUCGACCUGACCAAGAUCCAUUACUUGACUGGUCCUUUCGACAUCGAAACUGCGGAGCCUGGCGAUGUCUUGGUAGUUGAUAUUCAAGAUGUACAGCCGCUGGAAGACCAGCCAUGGGGUUUCACGGGUAUCUUUGCGAAAGAGAACGGCGGAGGUUUCCUGGAUGAGCUUUACCCAGAACCUGCAAAGGCUAUCUGGGACUUUGAAGGCAUCUUUUGCAGCUCCCGCCACAUCCCUGGUGUGAGAUUCGCAGGCCUCAUCCACCCUGGCAGCUGUGCUCCCUCCGCCGAAGUCCUCGAAACCUGGAACACGCGCGAAGCCGAACUCAUCUCAACGCACACGCACCUAAACCGCACCGUCGCAGAACCACCGCAACCACAAAAUGCCCACGCCGGCUCCGCCACAGGUUCCGUGAAAGAUAAGAUUGCCAAAGAAGGCGCGCGCACAAUCCCAGGACGUCCUGAACAUGGUGGGAAUUGUGACAUCAAGAACCUCUCCCGAGGCUCCAAAGUCUUCCUCCCCGUCCACGUCCCCGGUGCAAAGUUCAGCGUGGGAGAUUUGCAUUUCAGCCAAGGCGACGGCGAAAUCUCCUUCUGCGGCGCCAUCGAAAUGGCAGGUGUUAUCACCAUCAAAUUCAGCGUCAUGAAGGGCGGCAUGAAGCAGCUCGAUAUGAAGAGUCCUAUCUACAUUCCUGGUCCCGUAGAGCCGCAAUUUGGUCCUGGCAGGUAUAUCUACUUUGAGGGGUUCAGUGUGGAUGAGCAUGGCAAACAGCAUUAUCUUGAUACUACGGUGGCGUAUCGUCAGACUUGUCUGAGAGUGAUCGAGUAUCUGAGACGGUUUGGGUACAGCGACUACCAGAUCUACCUUCUGCUCUCGUGCGCCCCGAUACAAGGUCAUAUAGCUGGUAUUGUCGAUAUUCCCAACGCCUGUACGACCAUCGGACUACCGAUUGACAUCUUCGACUUUGAUAUCAGCCCGCAGCUUCCAGCGGAGAAGCGCGAUCUUGGGUCGUGCGCAUUCGCUGGCAAGAAGUAG